AUGGCCCCAGAUCGCUUCGGCAAAAGCGUUUUUCUUGGGAAUAUCCCAUACAACCUUACAGAAGAGCAGGUGAAGGACAUCCUCAGCUCCGCAGGUACAGUUACCAAAUUCCGGUUGAUGAUAAACCCCGAGACCGGAAAGCCUAAGGGAUAUGGAUUUGCCGAUUUUGCGGACGCAGACGCUGCUGCUUCUGCAGUGCGGAAUCUGAAUGACUAUGAAAUCAUGGGUCGCAAGAUACGAGUGGAUUGGCCACAUAACAACGAGAAGGACUCUGUUCCCCCUGACUAUUCGCAACAGUCGCAGAUGGGAAUGAUGCAGGGGAUGCAGGGACAAGAUCAGUCACAGCCACCUUUACUUCCGCAACUACCUCCAGGGACUGACCUACCUCCAAAUCUCACCUGCCCCAACGCCAUCUCACAAACCCUCGCUUCCCUCCCUGCUCCUCAACUGUUAGACGUCAUUACCCAGAUGAAAUCACUAGUAAUGGCAGACCCAGCUCGCGCUACGGAGCUAUUGAGACAGGCGCCACAUCUAGCUUAUGCUAUAUUUCAAGCGCUAUUACUCAUGAACCUCGUCGACUAUAGCGUGCUUGGAUCUGUUGUUGAACAAGCUUCCCAAUCACAACCACAGCCAUCACAACAGACUUCUCAGAUACCUCAGCAAUUCCAACCGUACCCAUCAGUCCCAGGUCAAAUAUCAACCCCUCCCAUACAACAUACUCCUUUCGCUCCUCCUACGAUGCCCCCUCAACCCCAACAACAGUCCCAACAACAAGCGACCCAACCUCAGAUACCUGGGCACGAUGAACUGCUGCAGCAGGUGUUGAAUAUGCCACAAUCUGCCAUAGAUGCACUGCCGCCAACAGAACGAAGCCAAAUAAUGUUACUGAGACAACAAUUGAUGCAGGGAGGAAUGAGGUAG